AUGCUCGAUUUGUUGAUUGAUAAUGUGCAGCUGAAUAGUAUAAUCUAUGCAGUACUUACUAUUAUUAUCGUCACCGCGAUCAAGAGCUGGUCUGGCGGCGCUAAGAAUGUCCAGCGCAGGGAUCUACACCAACGCACGGUUAUAUUGGCUGGGCUGCCAUGUUCUGUACUCGCUUGCACUCUCCCUCAACUCGCUGAAUGCGGUGCUACUACGAUAAUACUCCAUCCAGAUCCACUCGCUGUGCUGCCACUGCUGAAUGCUGUAAAGAUGCGCACUAACAGUGAAUCUAUAUUCGUUGAUAGAUGUGAUGUAACAGACAUUUCCUCAGUCAAGACAUUCUCAGACAACUGGAACAAGUCGGAGCGUAUACCUACAGGACCUAGCAAUACAAUAGAGACUGGGCAGAUAAGAAGAAUUGAUGCUGUUAUCUUUUCUACUGAUUAUGACGGCGUUAGUGGUUUGGAUGAAGCAGAUUCAUCAAAAUCAGCCGCUGCUCACCUCCUCUUACUUUCUCUUAUGCCUGCUAUUGCUCACAGUCCAAAUUCACGCGAUAUACGCAUCAUUAGGCUCAUUCAACCGUUUUACACAGCAGGUACACUUAAAGAGGUGACAACUGGGCGAGUCAGUGGCAUAAAUAAGGCUGGCACACGCGCACUUCGAGCACACGCCCUCACUAAACACCUUCAGUCAGAAAUAGACACAGCAAAAGCCCAGAACGUUGUCCCAGAAGUGGAUAAGAGCAGAGUAUCGAAGAGUGGUGUGAGUUGCUUAUCAGUAUGUCCAGGAUUCGUUAGGGAAACCAGCGUAUAUCCACUGUUUGCGCAGUGGGGGUUGCUUGGCGUUCUAAUUUAUUAUAUUACGCUGCCGAUUACAUGGCUCAUGACGAAAUCCGCAAUGGAGGGCGCCCAAGUUGUUCUAUACGCGCUGCUCAAGGAGAAACCAGGAAAGGGGGUAUUAUACCGUGAUAAUUUGGUUGUGGGUCUCCCGAAGCCGAUUAUCGAAGAGCUUGAAAAUGAGCAACUCUUAAGUAAGCCAUGGAAUGACGCAGAAGCAAACGUUAAACGCUUUACCUAA